GCAAAGGAACUCAAAGCGCUGAAGACUUAUAUUUUGUGGUGUAGUCAGGGAAAAAAUGUGACUCUGUAUUCUUGCCUAAAAGAACACCGUUGAGACCAUUUUGUUGAAAGUGAAAAAGUGUAGGAAAGCCAUAGAAAUAAUUCAUAUAGCUUCCAAUUGCGUUUCUGGACGUCACAUAAUCGAAUUGAAUCGAUUUUCACUCGUCCAUUCUAUAGUUUGUUCUAAGUCGCGGAAAAGUGGCUUUUUCGGCUGAAUAUAGUUUGAGUGUGAAAUAGACUGAGAAGAGUUCAGGGAGACUUCCCUGGGUUUUUGGCGGGAUCUCGUGAGAAGUUCACGACUGACAAUUCUGCUGGUCAACACGGCGAUAAGGAGACGCGAAGAUGGUUAAUGAAUAUGCUGGACCUCCGCCACAGGAGUUGGAGACAUUUCUGCCACAGGAAGGAGCAAAUGGAACAGUCAAAUAUAAGAUAACGCCGAGGAAAGACAUCGAGAACGGUGCCAUCAAAGAUGAAUACAAUCCCUUCAAGGAGAGAAAUCUGGAGCAUCCGACAACGGAUGGCGAGACUCUGACCCACCUGCUGAAGGCGUCGCUCGGCACGGGCAUUCUGGCGAUGCCGGUGGCGUUCAUGUACGCCGGUCUGGCGAUGGGCAUCGUGUCCACGAUCCUCACGGCCGUGGUUUGCACGCACUGCGCAUACAUUCUGAUCAAGUGCGCCCACACGCUGUACAGACGGACGAGGCAGCCGCAGAUGAGCUUCGCCGAGGUGGCGGAAGUGGCGUUUGCCAAUGGACCGAAGUGGGGCAGAGGCUUCGCCAGGCUGGCCAAGUGGACAAUCCUCAUCAGCCUGUUCGUCACUUACUUCGGCACGUGCUCCGUGUACUCCGUGAUUGUGGCCACGAAUUUCCAGCAGGUGUUCGGCCACUGGCUGGGCAUUGAGAUCAACCUGCGUGUGAUGAUCGUCAUUCUGCUGAUACCGCUGAUUCUGCUGGCGUGGGUGCCGAAUCUGAAGUACUUGGCGCCAGUGUCGAUGGUGGCAAAUGUGUUCAUGGCCCUGGGCCUGGGCAUCACAAUGUACUACCUGGUCACGGGGAUUCCGGAGAACGCUCUGGAGGAGCGCGAGCUCGUAGCACCCAUUUACACCAUUCCGGCAUUCUUCUCCAUCACCAUCUUCGCGAUGGAGGCCAUCGGCGUUGUGAUGCCGUUGGAGAAUCAGAUGAAGAGCCCAGAGAAUCUUGUGGGCAUUUGCGGCGUGCUGAACAAGGGCAUGAGUGGCGUGACGCUGGUGUACAUGCUGGUGGGAUUCAUGGGCUACUUGCGCUAUGGCGACGAGACAGAGGGCAGCAUAACGCUCAAUCUGCCCACGGAAGAGAUUCCUGCGCAGAUCGUAAAAGUUCUCAUCGCUCUGGCUGUCUUCUGCACGUUUGGUCUGCAAUUCUAUGUGUGCCUGGAGAUCGGAUGGGAUGCUAUCAAGGCCAGCUUCCCGAACAGACCCACUUUGGCCAAUUACACGAUGCGCACGGUGCUCGUGAUGGCAGCUGUGCUGCUGGCCGUGGCUGUGCCGACAAUCUCGCCCUUCAUCGGUCUCAUCGGCGCCUUCUGCUUCAGCGUGCUGGGCCUCCUAUGCCCUGUCUUCAUCGAGAUGGUCACGUACUGGGACGAGGGCUUCGGCCCCUUCAACUGGAUGAUCUGGAAGAACAUUCUUGUGUGCUUAUUUGGUGUGAUGGCGCUCAUCUUCGGCUCCAGGAGCGCCAUCCUGGACAUUCUGCUCCUCUACACAGAUCCAGACACGCCUGUGCUGGCCGCCAAUGUCACAGUCGUCUAGAAAGCCCUUCUCUGCUGCGUUCGGCAGUGCCGAACACGUAUGAUUUUCUCAUGAAUAAAGCUACAAGUAUACAAUGAAA